CCUCUUUCCUCUUUAACGUUUUUUGUUCCCUCUCUAUUAUCACAAAAGACACCUUUUUGUGAACAUCUUUUUUAUUUUAUAACCGCUCUAUUCCAUUCUCUAUAGUCAUAAUAUAUUAAAGAUGCCAGCUGCUGCUGCCGCUAAGAACAACACUCAGAGCGAAAUUCAGAGUAAGAAGAUGUCUAUCGUCUCUCAAACUCCUUCCGAGGUUGAGAGCAAGAAGGUUAAGGAUAUCGUUACCAAGCUCGCCGCUGCUUCCGAUGAUGAACGUGAAGCUGUCGCCGCUGAACUUGUUGCCGCUGUCAAGGCAAACGGUAUUCUCUCUCUCAAGUCUGUUGUCGAUGCUUUGAAGAAGGAUAUUACCAGCAAGAAGAAUGCCGGUGCCCGUGCUGGUGCCGUUGCUGCUGUCAAUGCUCUCACCAACGAAAACAUGGAUAAUCAAACUGAACCCUACAUCGUUCCUUUCCUUACCAGCCUUUUGGAACUUCAAGCUGACAAGCAAACCGCUGUCAAGAAUGCCGCUGAUGCCGCUGCCAAGAACAUGGUCGAAAAGAUCAACCCUCUUGCUUGCCCUCAAUUGGUUCCCUUCAUCCUUGAAGGUCUCGGUAACUCUUGUAAGUGGCAAACCAAGAUGCUCUCUCUUGAGCUUUUGGAAUUGCUCGCCAAGAAGAACGGUCAAGAAUUCAUCGUUGCCAUUCCUGAUGUUGUCCCUGUUGUUUCCGACUGUAUGUGGGAUACCAAGGCCGAUGUCAAGAAGAAGGCCACUGAAACCAUGUCCACUAUCUGUUCUCUUGUCGAAAACAAGGAUAUUGAACGUUUCAUCCCUGCUGUCAUUGCUUGUAUCAACCACCCCGAAAACGUCUCUGAAACCAUUCACUUGCUCGGUGCCACCACUUUCGUCCAAGAAGUCGAUGCCGCCACUCUCUCCAUCAUGGUUCCUCUUUUGAGCCGUGGUUUGAAUGAACGUGCCACUCCCAUCAAGCGUAAGUCUGCUUUGAUUAUUGAUAACAUGUCCAAACUUGUCGAUGAUCCCGAUGUAGCUGCUCCUUUCUUGCCCAUCUUGUUGCCUGCUCUUGAAAAGGUCCAAGAUAUCGUUGCCGACCCUGAAUGUCGUGGUGUCGUCCAAAAGGCUCUUGCCACUCUUCAACGUAUUGCCAACCCUGGCCGUGAAGUCUACACCAAGGAACAAAAGAAGGAAAAGGUCGAAACCUCCAUCAAGGAACUCUUGCCCGAAAACAUGGACUCCUUCUUGGAUGCUUCCGUCAAGUACAUGAACGACGUUGCUCUCUCCCUCUGUAUGUCCAAGAACUUCUUCAAGAACGCCUGGAUCAAGGCUCUUGCUCCCUAUGCCAAGACUUUCUUGUCAGCUGCUGAUGCUGAAUCCCUUGCCAGCUCUGCUUUGGACAAGUGUGAGGAAGCCGUCACUGCCAAGGAUCCCGAAGAAGAAGAUGAUGAAGGUGAAGACCUUUGUGAUUGUGAAUUCUCUCUUGCUUAUGGUGCCAAGAUCUUGUUGAACCGUACUCACCUCCGUCUCAAGCGUGGUCGCCGUUACGGUCUCUGUGGUGCCAACGGUUGUGGUAAGUCUACUCUCAUGCGUGCCAUUGCCAACGAACAAGUCGAAGGUUUCCCUCCUCGUUCUGAACUCAAGACUGUCUACGUCGAACACGAUAUCGAUGGUUCCGAAGCCGAUACUCCUCUUGUUGACUUCAUCCUCGCUUCCGAUGGUGUUGAAACCAAGGAUCCCGAACAAGUCCGCAAGAUCCUUCUUGACUACGGUUUCUCUGAAGCCAUGGUUACCAAGAUGGCUAUUGGUGAACUUUCUGGUGGUUGGAAGAUGAAGCUCGCUCUUGCCCGUGCUAUGUUGAUGAACGCUGAUAUCCUCUUGUUGGACGAACCUACCAAUCACUUGGAUGUUGUCAACGUUGCUUGGUUAGAAAACUACCUUUUGGGUCUCAAGACUGUCACUUCCAUCAUCGUUUCUCACGAUUCUGGUUUCUUGGAUCACGUCUGUUCCGAUAUCAUCCAUUAUGAACCCAACUUCAAGCUCAAGCGUUACGGUGGUAACUUGUCCGAAUUCGUCAAGAAGGUUCCUCGUGCCGCUUCUUACUACUCUCUUGAAGCCUCUCAAAUCAAGUUCAAGUUCCCUGAACCUGGAUUCUUGGAAGGUAUCAAGACCAAGGAACGUGCUAUCUUGAAGAUGAAGAAUGUUGACUUCCAAUACCCCGGUUCCGAGAAGAAGCAAUUGCUCGACAUCACCAUGCAAUGUUCUCUUGCCUCUCGUGUUGCCGUCAUUGGCCCUAACGGUGCUGGUAAGUCUACUUUGAUCAAGUUGUUGACCGGUGAAAUCGAAGCUCAAACCGGUACUGUCUGGAAGCACCCUAACUUGCGUAUCGCUUACGUUGCUCAACACGCUUUCCACCACAUCGAAAAGCACUUGGAUUCUACUCCCAACGAAUACAUCCAAUGGCGUUACGCUACUGGUGAAGAUCGUGAAGAACUCGAUAAGAACGACCGUAUGGCCAACACCGAUGCGCAAAAGAAGAUCAUGGAACAAACCUUCGUCAUUGACGGUGAAAAGCGUGUCCUUGAAGAAAUCGUUGCUCGUCGUAAGCUCAAGCAAUCUUACGAAUACGAAGUCUCUUGGGUCGGUCGUUCCUCUAUUGAUAACACUUGGAUCUCUCGUCAACGUCUCGAAGAAAUGGGUUUCGGUAAGAAGAUUGCUGAAGUCGAUGCUGCUGAAGCUGCCAAGAUGGGUCUCAACCGUCCUUUGACCUCCAAGGAAAUCGAAAAGCACUUGGCCGAAGUUGGUCUUGAUCCCGAAUUCGCCACUCACUCUCGUAUCCGUGGUCUUUCCGGUGGUCAAAAGGUCAAGCUUGUCAUUGGUGCUGCUAUGUGGAACAAGCCUCACAUGUUGGUUCUUGACGAACCUACCAAUUACUUGGAUCGUGAAUCUCUUGGUGCUCUUGCCAUGGCUAUCAAGGAAUUCGGUGGUGGUGUUGUCAUUGUUACUCACAACCGUGAAUUCACUGAAGCUCUCUGUAACGAAGUCUGGAAGGUCGAUGCCGGUCGCUUGACUCCCUCUGGUCACAACUGGGUCUCCGGUAACGGUACCACCGCCGUCAAGGAAGAAGAACAAGAAGAUAUGGUUGAUGCUCAAGGUAACACCAUCAAGGCUGUUCAAAAGAAGAAGAAAUUGACUUCCAAGGAACUCCGUAAGAAGAAGAAGGAGCGUAUGGAACGUCGUAAGCGUGGUGAAGAAGUUUACACUACUGAUGAAGAAUUGUAAACAGCAGGAUCAUAUUCUUUAAUAUUACCUUCUUUAAUAUAUAGCAUUUUGUAGACAUUUAUUUUAUACUCUUCCCCUUUCCCUUCCCUCUUUUUACAUAUUUAAAAUAAAAUAACAGACUUAUUUGUAUAAAACGUUAACACCC